AGUUGCCGGUGGUUGUUUUUGUUGUGGCAUCACUUAUCUCUACACUAUGCGUUGUCCGAUGAAAUCGUCGUCCCAGGCCCCUCGGGCGUGGACUCCUCGAGUGUCCAGGACGCCCAUUACGACUAAGUCGAGACGCUCUCCUGCCCUACCACUUAGUCAGGACAAAUUGACUAUAUCGCAGCUGAAGUCGAUGGUCGAGUCGCACGAGGGAGGCAGUGUGAGGCAGCUGACAGCAGCUCCAUUGCAGCGUGUACAGCUAAUACCAACUCAAGUGGUGGAGCGGUCGCAGCCAGCAUUGACAGUAGUGUCGGGAGACCCUGGUUCGAGUAGUGUACCCAACCCUAUGCUUACUGCUGCUGCUACUAUGAGUAGCUGCGACAACUGCAAACGCGUUGGCGUAGCUCUUUGGGAGGAUGAGCUCACUGGUGAGGCGUUCUGUGAUGAGUGUUGGUCGAUGUGGGAGGCCCAGGCAGCGGCACAGGACGAUGCCGAGCAGAGGCGAGAGACACCUGUCGAAGACUGGUUUAUGAUGGACACUACUACUGACGAGGAUGACGGUGACUGCGAUAUGAUGGAUGGUGACAGUGAUGAUGACGAUAUCGAUCCCGCUGUGCUAUAUGGUAGUGGGCCUGUCGGUAGUCACACGGUCAGGCAACAGCAGCAGCAGAGUCGAAGACCAGCACCCAAUUUCGCACAGAGGAGUUUGGUGGCCUUGGAGUUGGGCAAGAACAGUAAUGAUCUCUAUGAGAUGUGCUUGGAUAAGCAACUACUGGAUGCUUAUAACAAUGCCGCUGCUAACCAUAGAGUUCCCCCUUCACUGGAGUCGCCCACUAAGGUCGAGAAGAAGUCUACUACUAAGAGUGUUAAAUUUAACACUGGUGGUGCUGUUCGCUUCUUCGACACCGAUGCGGAGCUCCAAGACCCGUGCUCAUGCGAAUUCCCUAUACAGGUGAAAGACUUCGACGGUCAGUCGUGUCAUCAUGCUAACUACAUUGGCAUGUCUCGAGCAGCUGCUGCAACAGCGGCAGCCCAACAGGAGCAGCAGCAGCAAUAUAUGAGCACUCUUAGCGACUACAGCUCCGACGAGCUCAAGGGUGUAGCAUAUCAGAUGUCGAAGCCUCGAGGAGUCUGGCCUAGACAAUAUUAUAAUCAAGUGGUGGCGAUGUUGAAGGAAAAGCUCGGUGACAAGCAGGAUAGUGUCGAGUUCAUCCCCAAGAAGGACCCAGGUGUCACUGGGAACUUCGAGGUCGCUGUUGACGGUACUAUCGUCCAUAGCAAGCAGAACGGCGAUGGCUUCCUGCACUCUAAUCCGGCGUCAUUCGAGAAGGUGGCGUCAUCAAUUCUGAAGGCCCUGGAGGGUUAG